AUGACUUUGCGUGUGGUCGUUUUUCUUCUUCUCUGGCAGAUUGUGGCCCCAUUCAAUGGAGAUCCGACGACUUUUAUGAAGGACCAGUGUGAGGAAGGGAUGAUUUGCCACGAUCUGGAUGUGGACAGUUUCCAGGACUACGCCGUCGAAUUCGUAUGGUGAGAUUUUGGGUUAAAAAGUUCGCAGGCUAUAGUUCAAAUUUGGGAAAAGUUCCUUAUUCUGGGCGUUAAAACGUUCUCUGCGAGCUGCGCCCAAGCGUGGAAAAUGAAGUUUGGAAAAAACGUUUUGACCCAGCUUUUUAUGGUUUACUAUAGUGUCUAUAUGCUUUUUAAGUUGCCUCCACAGACUUUUAAGGCUCAUUUGGUUCCCACGCGGAAGCAAUAAGUUCAGUCCGGAACAGAUUUCAUCGUAUAAAAAGAAACCGCUGUCUGCAGAAGUCUUUUAAGGGUUAGCCUCGAACUGAACUUAUUGCUUCCGUAUGGGAACCAAAUGAGCCUCAAAAGUCUCCGGAGGUAACUUGAAAGCAUACGUAUAGUUAGUAUAAUAAGUCAGAGCAAGCUAGAUCCAACCAUUUCUUCCUAGCAUUAGGUUGGGCGCAGCUCGCAGAGUAAAUUUUUUAUGGCCAGAAUAAGGAACUUUUCCCUUGAAAUUAUUGGAAAAAGUUCCUUUUUUUGGCCACAACAAAGGUACUACGCGAACUGCGCCCAAGCUUGGGCACUAAAGUUAGGAAAAAACGCUUCGACCUAGCUGGCACUGAAUUACUAUAAUAGCUCUAUAGUUUUAAGGGUACCUGCGAAGGCUGCGAUGACUCAUUUAGUUCCAUACGGAGGCAAUAAGUUUAGUUCCGGACAUGUUUCAUUGUAUAAAGUGUAAAAUCACAGGCUGCAGCUGUUUUUGAAGGGUAAGGUGGUACGUAAAAAAGAAGGUACCUCACUAACUAAAUCCACUGUCCGGGCAUUGACAACGAUGAAUUGAGCGUGCACGCUAAAUUUGGGCUAAUCCCGACCAGUUUCCGCAAAGUUAUAAGUUGUGGCCAAAAUAAGGAACUUUUCCCUUGAAAUUAUUUUUUAUUGUGUUUAUUACCUUUUUUUAGGAGGAGUAAUAACCUUACCAAUUAUGAAUUUGCCCAAUGUAAGUCCGAAAAGCAAAUUUCCCCAACCUUUCAGGGAAGAAUGGAAAGGCGUCGGAGUGGGUAACGAUAGGAGACGAUUGGGACAUCACAAUGAUAGGCCGUUUCGUAUGCCGUCAUCCCAUCCCAGGAGCCAACAACGAAGUAUUUGUGGAGUUCAGUUCCGAGCGCGUCGAAGUCGUCAAGUUUUACGAGGAGGGAAAGCAUCUGGCUGAAGACAAUGACAAACACAAAUUGUUCCGGAUCAUGAGCGAUUUCAAAUUUGUAGGUGUAGUUUUUGCUAACGAGGAGAGUACUUCUAUGGGGUACGGAGUGACAGGUCGAGUCAUAUAUAAAAAAAUCGCAAAAUUUUUCUGAUUCAAAAUAUGUAAAAGUUAGCUGCCUAAGUUUGGUUUGUCAGGGUGAAAAAAAUCCUCAGAACUUUUCUCGCAACACCAUACAAAUUCUGAUUUGGUAAAAACUUUGUCAAAAAGGCAUCCACGUCAAUCCAAAAUAGAAGAAAAAAUUUCCCGCCCCUUUUUGGUGAUUCGUUCAAAACGAAAUGUCACUAUCCGAUAAAACGCAUUUUCUUGUCUUUCUUCUUCCUUUUCGAAAAAAAAUUAUUAUUUCGGGCGAGAAAAAGUGUCGAUAAUUUUGCGACAUUUCGUCUCUCUUUUAAAUCAAUGAAAACGAGACGAAGUUUCGAAACGGUUCAGGAAAUGCGCUGGAUUGACGUGGCAUCUUUUGAUCGGUUGAAAAAAAAUAUUUUCAAGAAUGAGCUCUUUUUUCCUCUCGCCCCCUUGCCAUUUUGCGCAGAAAAGCCCAUCUUCUACCAAAGUUGUAAAGUUUGUAUUUCCAGCGCCAACACAUCACCCAGGAAAACCUAAAACAUUCGGUCAUCUACAACAGUUGGCUCUUUGUCAACGCCACCCACGCCAUAGAUUUGGAUAGAUACAUGCACUUUGACCCGGCGGAAAGUUACAAACUGCGUACAUGGUCGACCCGUUGGGGUCGGAUUGAUGAACCUUAUUGGAGGUAGGAGUGAAAGAAGUUUUGACUUUUGUUAAAAUUUUUUAGCUAUGCAAUGGAGCACGUUCACUCGAUUCCGAAUGAGGACAUCCCCAUCGAAUUUGUGGACAUGAUCUCGAGGAAUUGCUUCGUAAGUUUGGAAAAGCAUGUAGAAAUAUUUUUGUCGAAAUUUCUCGAAACUCGUAUGGUAAUUUCAGGGAGAUCCGACCAGAUACUGCGCAAUUGAUCCCAGAGAUGGGACUAUUCACUACACCCCGUAUCCGGCCGUUUUGCGAAUGGGAGAUUUCAUCAUGGAACAGCGAUGGCAGGAAUCGUACAACGAUCAUAUCCCGGUUUAUCGAUUCCAUCACAUUCACAUGCCCGAAAAGUAAGGGAUUUGCGAUUUUUGAGGGAUUUUGGGUAUCAAAUCGUCGGUUUUUUUUGAAAUCGGAAAUGGUCGAGAUUGGCCAAAAAGCGACUUUUGUCUGACUGCCCGUUGCGGACUCCCUCGCCGAGUUUAUGUUAUUUUUCAGCGAAGUCUUUUACUUCUCCGAUGCCGCUUUGGUGGUCGCCAAACUAAUGGAGAAGAGCAGGCAAAAGAACCUGACGUAAGUCCAGUGCAACAAACGCUUAUUUUUAGUGAGGGAAGCUUUGUACGCGGAGUGAUGCCUCAGCCCAAACUGGGCGACAAAAUUUUUGAGCUGAUGAUGGAAAGAACAACCACUACGCCGCCUCCUACCGAGUUCAAUACUCGGCCAACGCCCACCUUGAAGCCCCUUCCUCCAGCCGACUAUAAACGCAUAAAUUAUUCGUCGAUCACUGAAAUGGAAGAAGAAUCAAUGCCAGCGAUAGAAAUUGGAACGGAAGUAGACGCAGCCUCGGACUUCGUAGGGAAUGCUGUUGCAAUUCUAGUCGCCAUUUUUAUGAUUGCUCUGUAA